CUAUCCUUCAAGUUCCACGUUUGAUUUAGGUGUACCACUUUCUUGUUGAUGGUGGCAGGCCCUCAAAUUUUGGUACUCUGCUGACUUCCCUACCUAGCAGCUUUGGGAUUACUACUACCAGCAUUCGUGGAUUGGUGGUGUUUUUAGCGAGCACGCCCCAAGGAUUCCAUGAUGCGCAUCGUCAAGAGGAUGCAGGUGCAGAGAGCACACCACCUUGUCAGCAAACACGUUUUAGCUUCAGAAUCCUUGCCGGCAGCCAAGCGCUUCUAUCAGCAAUGGUUCAUUCGGACCCGCAGUCAAUCAACUCUCCAAGGCAGUGCACAUCUGACCAAUGCGUGUCGGCAAGCGCACUCAUCAGCAAGUCUGAGAAGUGAGCGGUGUAUGAAACAUGGGUUGAAGCAUCUACGCUCAGUAUCAUCCAUCUGCAAUGGACUCCAGCCCUUGCGAGCAACAGGUCACCAGCAUUUUCAAAGGGACUUGCACUCCAGCACUUUACGAAACGGGGGAGAUGACGGAUCUCACAAGGGGGUUAUCCGAGGCAGUUCAUUGCAGCCGGUUGACUAUACGACGCUAGCGGCAUCGUGUUUUGAGCUGGAGACGGAGUGGCUGCCAUCGAAAGUGGAGCGAAUCACGCAGACGGACAAGCACACGGUGGCGAUUGGGCUGAGGACUCUGGAGCAGAACGGGUGGCUCUACCUGUGCUGGCACCCCGUGGCCGCUCGCCUUUGCACUGGCGGCGCGCCACCUGUUUCUCCAUCAGCAGACGGCUUUUCCUUCGGGGAGCAGUUAAGACAAACCCUGCGGGGGUUAGCGCUCCUGGAAGUGGGUUUGCCUGAGAAAUGGGAGCGGGUGGCACGCCUCAGGUUUGGGGUGCGUCCGGGGGAUCCCCCUGUGAAGGACCUGUAUGUGGAGGUUAUGGGGCGAUACAGUAACGUCGUGCUCACAUCCCCCCAGGGAGAGGUCAUUGCCUGCGCUUAUCAGGUUGGUUCCAAGAUGUCCAGUCUUCGCACCCUCCAGACUGGCAGCCAGUACGUGCUCCCACCCCCAGCGUCAGGGUUAAGUCCAACCGACGUCCAAACCCUGGACGAUUGGGCGGACGUUCUGGUUCGCGUGGACCAACCAACCGCCAGUAAAAGCCUCGUGCGCGCUUUUCGAGGCGUGAGUCCUACGCUGGCCGCGGAGCUUGUGAGCAAAGCCGGCGUCGAUCCAAAUAAGCCUUUCUGUGACCUGACCUCGGAAGAUCGGUCGCGCUUUUUCGACGCGUGGAAGGAUUGGUUGGAGCGACUCGAGGGCCGGCGGUUUCGGCCUGGCAUCGACAGUGCCACCGGAAAGUACACGGUUCUAGCAGACGACCCCGCUCCAGAGCCGGUGCAGAACGGCACUCACCACGGUCAGGCUGUGAAUGCGCCCUCGGGGGAAGGUAUUCACACCAUGCUGGACGAAUACUACAGCACUCUGUACAGCGGAGACGCAUUCGGGGCGCUCAAGCAGCAGCUGACGUCAAAGGUUCGCGCGGCGCUGAAGCGCCUGCAAGGCAAAGCGAAGGUGUACCAGGACCAACUAGCCUCUGCUGACGGGGCUGCUGACGUGGUCCGAAAAGCGGAUCUGCUUAUGGCGUAUCUGCACGAGUGCCCGCCGCGCGCGUCGGAAGUGACACUGAACGACUUCGAAACAGGGGAACCGGUGGUUAUCGCGCUUGACCCGGACAAACCGGCGUUGGCCGUGGCGCAGAAGAUGUAUAAACGGAGUUCGAAGCUGCGCCGGUCCCGUGCUGCGGUAGAGCCCCUUUUAGAGGAAGCGCUGGAAGAGUUGCGGUACCUUCAGGAGGUGGACUUGUCCUUGCAAGAGCUGGAGAGCUUUCAAAGGGAAGACGACUUGCGGGUGCUUGAAGAGGUUCGCGACGAGUUGAUCGAAGCGGGUUACGUCAAACCUGUGCCGACGGGAGGCCCUGUCUCCGGCAAGGGGAAGCGGAAGAAGAGCAGAGCACCAGGCAGUGCCGAUUUGACGGCCAACAUGCGCAAACUUAGCUCUCCAAGCGGGUUCGUCGUGCUAGUCGGCCGGAACAGCCGGCAGAACGACACGCUGACGCACCGAGUGGCCACGCAGUACGACCUGUGGUUCCACGCCCAGGGGGUCCCCGGCAGUCACGUCUUGCUCCGAGUGCCCCCGGGGCAGUCCGCCGGGCAAGAUGACAUCGGCUUCGCAGCCGGCGUGGCCGCGUACUAUUCCAAGAUGAAGGGCAACCACCGGGCUCCAGUGAUCUAUGUAGCACCCAAACACAUUGGGCGCCCUCGGGGAGCGCGGCCCGGUUUAGUAACGGUCGAGAAUGAGACUGUCGUUACUGGUGAUGGUUCCACAGAGCCGCAAGGCGUGGAGCAGCCCGUUCCUGUUUGACACUAGCAUCGAGUUCUGGCGCGCAACGAGGUGGUAUGACGUAUCUUGCGACAAUUGCUAGCCUGAACGCGGUAAUGACUGCCAGGUAUUGUAUCAUGUGCUGUGGGACAAGUCGAUGUUCACACUGCGCAUUGCGGUUUUCCGAGUAAAGUCAUUGCCGUCCAAGUUGCAUCUCCG